GUUCCCGUCGCCAUGUCCAAGCUUUUCUUCUGCUGCCUGAUGGUCGCCGGCUCCAUCGGCGCCCUUCGGUCGCUGCCCAUCAUCGUCCCGAGCAAGGGCUCCCUCCGCCUGUCAGAGUCAGCGAUGGAUUUCGGGGAUUUGAAGAGCUGGGAGGACUCGCAUCUACUGCAGAAUCUUCCCAUGUUUCUAGACAGAGAGGAAGAGAGAGACACUGACGAUAUUUUCAGCAAGGAAGGAUUCAGUCUGGAUGCCUAUAACAUGGAUGACAGCAUCAAAGAGGAGCUGUUCGACAAGCACCCUCGAAUAUCUCUGCUCAGCCGCCUGCAACCAAAAGACCGCAAGCAAUACAAGAAGCGCGCGGGGAACCUGUCCGAAUGUUUCUGGAAAUACUGCGUCUGAACGCCGAGGGUGCGAUCACAUGAUCUCUGCUUAUUUCUACAACUCUCCCCCACCACCACCCCCUGUAUAUAGAAGGACACCUCCUACAGGGUAGCCCGAGAAGGUCUGAGAAUGUGAAGCCAGACUC